UACUGUUUGUCAUUGUUGACACUUCCUGACAGGAUUAAGUUUGGUUAGGAAAGUGCAAAAUUUAGGAGAGGUCUAGUUUGGUGCUCUGACAAUGUUCGCUUCAAAGGGGGCCCAAGUGCUCAGGGCAUUCAGCGCCCUUAACGGAAGGACCGCCAUCCAAAAUUCCGUAAGGAACAGCGGCCAUGCGUGCAAUUACCGUUGCGCUGGACCACCAGCACACCCUAAAGUUAUUAUGGCUGCUGAGUUUGUUGGAGGAUUCGCCUGGUGGUGGGUUUUGUGGCAUCUGUGGACCGAACCCGGUCACAUUACAGGUGAAUUUGAAUUCCCUGACGCUUCAAAGUGGACAAAUCAGGAAUUGGGUAUUCCUGAAGAGUAAUGGCUAUUUUGAGGAGCAUUGUAGAGCAUUGUAUAAAUUAAAGUAAUAAAUUUAACUGUAUUUGUUUA